GCCAUUGCUCUCUCUUCUCCAAACAGAGAGACAGAGAGAGAGAGAGAGAGAGAGAGAUUCUUCAUUAAUCCGCCAUUGACGAAUAGGAAGAAGGAAGAGAGAGAUCCAGCGGAGAGCUUCACACGUCGUCUCGCCUCACAUUGAGGAGAGGGCUCCUCCUCGUUCGUCGUCCUCCUCUCGUCUGUUUUCCCUUCUCACACAACCCAACAGGACUAACAAUAAUUCCUCUCUCUCUCUCUCUCUCUCUCUCUCUCUCUCUCUCUCUCUCUCUCUAUCUCCCUCCCUCCCGCCCUCCCUCUCUCCCCUCCAUUCUCUGUAUCUAUUUUCUCUCACUUCCUCCGGGAAAGAUCCUUUCCCUUCUCGCGUAACAACAGAGGAGGACAUUGUUUGCUUUCUCCCUCCCUCCCAUACGGGCCAUGUUGUCGUCCAGUGGCCCCACGAUCUCUUCAUGCAACGGUAGCCCCCGACACUCUGUGGGGCCCACUGCCACCAGACGGCGAGUGGCCGACAUCCCGGACUCCUCGGCCGACCGUUUCUCCGACGAGGAGGACAGCGCCACCGUCGCCGUUCACCACCACAGUCACAUUCACCUCCACCACCACCACUAUCCGCCCUCCAGCAGAUACUCGGCGGCCGUCCUCCGCAGGAAGCUCCUCACCGGCGUGCCGGAGCCCUUGCUCCACAGGAUCGAGGACGUGAUGCACUGGUCGGCCGGGGCAACGGAGGGCAUGAGGUCGAGGCGGAACGUGGGCCGCAACAUCAUCGGGCUGCUCAUUGUCUUGGUGGUUGUCUCGCUGUUCGUGAGGAUGUAUUCCCUGAGCAGCUACGUCGAGGCCCGGGGCAGGCGCGUGGACAAUGGCCUGCUGAAGCUGCAGACCUUCAAGGACGACUGGGCGCAAGCGCAGAGGGCCGUGACCGAGAACGAGGAGGCCUUCAUGCCCAAACGCGUCCUGGAAAAGUUGUCUACCCCAGAGUUAGAGAUAUGGAAGAAACCGAACAGUGAGAGCUACUAUCAAUGCAUUGGCCGGCCCAAGAGUCAAAUAAGAACGGGCUCGAAAACGAAUGGCUAUCUCUUAGUACAUGCUAAUGGGGGACUGAAUCAAAUGAGAACAGGAAUUUGUGACAUUGUUGCUGUUGCGAAGCUUAUGAAUGCUACCCUGGUUCUUCCUUCUCUUGAUCAUGAGUCUUUUUGGACCGACCCCAGUAACUUUAAGGAUAUAUUCGAUUGGAAACACUUCAUAGAAGCUCUGAAGGAUGAUAUUGAGAUAGUUGAAUCGCUCCCACCGAAAUACGCAGAGAAGACACCCCUUUCGAGGGCCCCUGUUUCUUGGUCGAAGGCCAGUUACUAUCGAGGGGAAAUGCUUACACUGCUGAAGAAGAACAAAGUAAUAAAGUUCACUCACAGCGAUUCAAGGCUUGCUAACAAUGGCCUCUCGGCAUCUAUCCAAAAGCUCCGCUGCCGUGCCAACUAUGAAGCUCUGAAGUACACAAAAGAGAUUGAGGAACUUGGGAAGACACUUGUUCAUAGACUGAGGAAAAAUAGUGAGCCGUAUAUUGCCUUGCAUUUAAGAUAUGAGAAAGAUAUGCUGGCCUUCACCGGUUGUAGCCACAAUCUAACCGCGGAAGAGGCUGAGGAACUUUACACUAUGCGGCAUAAUGUCAAACACUGGAAGGAAAAGGAAAUUGACAGUGAUCAGAGGCGGCUCCAAGGAGGCUGCCCAAUGUCCCCCAGAGAGGCUGCCUUGUUCCUCAAAGCCAUGGGAUACCCUUCAACUACGACCAUCUAUAUAGUUGCUGGGGAAAUAUACGGUUCCAACAGCAUGGACUUCUUCCGCGAGGAAUAUCCUAAUGUCUUCUCUCAUAACACCCUCGCAACUGAGGAGGAGUUGGAGCCUUUCAAGUCGUACCAGAACCGCUUAGCUGCACUAGACUAUAUCGUGGCACUCGAGAGUGAUGUCUUUGUCUACACAUACGACGGGAAUAUGGCUAAGGCUGUUCAGGGGCAUCGGAGAUUUGAAGGAUUUCGGAAGACAAUUAAUCCUGACAGGCAAAAUUAUGUGAGACUCACUGAUCAAUUGGACAAAGGAGCUUUAACGUGGGAUGAUUUCACGUCAGAGGUGAAGAGGUUACACUCGAACAGGCUCGGAGCUCCCUACCUUAGACAGGUAGGGGAGUCACCGAGGCUUGAGGAGAACUUCUAUGCAAAUCCUCUUCCGGGUUGUGUCUGCAACAAGGGGCAGGAGCAAAUCAUUAGACAAAAAUCUGAUGAGAGACGGAAAAAAACGAAGUUGCAGAGAUAGGUCCUGAACUGCCGAAUAUUGAUAUAGUGACCUCAUUGUGAGUUUAUUCGGUAUCCUUUUGCUGCAAAGGCUGCAGAGAAACGGUGACCAUUCUUCAGAACCAAGCGCAGAUUGAAAGCAUUUUCUGGCCUCAAAGUGGCAGGACAAAAGAAGCCCUCAGGUUUGCUCUGGUGGCUCAAAAAGUUGCUGAGUUUUGUGAGGUAAAGUGAGGAAUGAGAAGCUUCGAUGUUUAUAGGGUAAUUGAUUUAUGAAGAUUGCAGUUCUGGGUUCCGGUUGGGAUCGGAACUUAGAACAGCAGUUGGAUCAUGGAGGAAGAGGUAGAUCAGUUCUUUUUUUUUUUUUUUUUUAAUAUAGGGCAGCAAAGUGAUAGCAGUCACACGGUGGUACAGAGAGCAAAUACUGUAGAAAUUAGAAGGAAAUUUUUACAGUGAUUCAUUUAUUCUUUACAAUUCUCUUGUUUUGAUCCUUUUUGAUGGAUUGAUUGUCUGUGAAAGGACCAGAAAGCCAAUAUCAAACAGCGGCCUGCACUGUAAAUUUUUUGAGUUGAGUUCAUUAUAGAAUUCAUCAAUCAUUUUUCUACUGCAGAAGUUCUUGCAGCAAUGACUUACAAAUAUAGAAGCUCAGAGCAAGUCGUACCAUUCACAAUUCGGGGCUCGAGCUUCGUUUUCGCUUAAUUGAACUAAGUCUUAUGCUAUAUCUGAUGUUUAUGUUUAGCUAAUGCAAAUCUUUCAAAUUGAUUGACUUUGUCGGAAACUCUGCAGUAGCUUUAGCAAAGCCGGCAAGUCUACAUUAGAACAGCCACUCCCCCAGUGUGAUCGGUUAGUGCAGGUCGGCAAGUCUUGAUUAGAACAGCCACACGCCCGGAACCAGCCUGUCCCUGAUGCGGUGUCCAGUCUGUGCUUCAACUGACCGGACAUGAAUUGAAUUGCCCUACGUAGUCAAAAUCGGACGUUAGUCCACAAAGGUCGGCCGGAGCGACAGGUCGUUGACCAAGUAUAUCCAUGUCUCAACCUGUCCGGUCUGGGUCAAAUUAACAUUGCCGGCUUUGGUGACAGAUGUUAGGCCUUGAACAGAGCCAGCGGGUCUGUUGCCAUGACCAGCCGUCCAGAUUCCCAAACUUUUCAGCCCCCAGUCAUUUCAUCAAUUACAUUUUAGCCCUCUAAUGUUCCUUUUUCUUUCCAAAACAGUCUUUUUUCUCUCAUGGAAAAAUCGGACGGUACUGUCUAUGUUUCACUAAUUAAAAAUAUUUUCCCAUCAACUCUGAGGGUAACAAUAAGAGAUUCUCUUUGCGCAAGAUUCCAAAAGAAGGAACUUUCUUUGUAUUCCUGACUGCUUGCGUCAUCAUCAUCUAGAACAGUUAAGCUACUAAUGAGAUUCAUGGAAGAUUCGAGCUUAAUCGUCUGAGGAUCGGGAUUCACUUGUUCAUUUGCGAAAAGGGUUGCUUUCUCCGUGACUUUAUCGUCUCUGUUCGCUGCAGAUAAUGGGUCUUUGGGUUAUCAUGGAAGGAUUCCUGCUCUUUGCAAAUGCCCUGGCCAUUUUAAACGAAGACCGCUUCCUCUUUCGCCGAGGAUGGACACUGGCUGAAGUUUCGGGUCCCAGGAGGAACUCCGUGAAGGGGCAGUUCAUAGGACUUAUAUAUGCGUGCCAGUAUAUGAGAUUACCCCUCAUACUCUUGAACAUCAUCACCAUUGUCGUUAAGUUGUUCACUGGUUGACUUAAAUGAAUUGCAUAACUAGCAUGCUGAAGUUUGAUGCACAGUUUGAAUGUGUUUUUGGAGUUUGUAGAGUUUGUACUUCAGAUGUCUCGCUUCAUCGGGCAUGGCUUUCAUUGGAUAUAGAGGAGGAGGGAACUUGACCGUAACAGCCACAAUGCGGAUCAGUGUAGGGCAGAGUUCAAGGACGUCCCUCGGAACUCACCUGCUUCAGACUUUAUACAUGUUUUAGUAAUGGUGAGUGUGUACAUUUGGAAAGAAGAACAUCAGUGAGUGUUUUUGUGUUCUGAGCAGAGUUCAUCUUAGUCAAUAAUACUCGACUUCUUGUGACAUAUAUCCAUGUAUUAGCUUGAAUAGUCAAUGUGUAUUAUUUUGGCGCUGUA